AUGGGUCAGGCCGCUGGUGCCGCCGGUGGGAUGCCGCCGCGGCAACCGCAGAAGCAGGAUGUGGCAGGCCUUGUCGCAGGUGUCGAUCCCCAAUUUGUGCUGAUGCGCGACAUGAUCCGACAGAAGUUAAUCGAGUGUAUACGAAUGAAACCAACGACGGAUGAAUGGCAGCGCCAGGUGCCAGAGGUCGCGAGCAGGCUCGAGGAAAUCUUGUUUAGGAAACACCCAAACAAGACGGAGUACUACAAUAUGGCAAAGGGGCCAAUUCAGCCGCACAUGUACUUUGCUCUCCGGUUCUUGGCUGCUCAUAAGUACCAACAACAGCAACAAAGCCAACAAUCCUCAGGACAACUAGCAUCUUCACCUGGCUGUAUCACCCAAGGUGCAAGUGGAACUUCUAGAAUGUCUUAUGUAACACACAACAUGGGUCCUUCUUCUAGUGCAGGCUUGGUUCCACAGAGUGCCAUCAUGGGUACCUCGCUGCCAGGGGAAGCUCCUCAUGAGCAUGUGAACACCAUACUGUCUCUGGGGAUAAACCCUAUACAACAUGAUUGGUCUACAGAGUCCAAUAACAACAACCUCAUUCAUUUAACACUACAGCCCAAGGUGAUAGAGGCACACCUGGCGCCUCCUAUAAAGGAUCUCCCAAGGGAACCGAAGUUCAGCUGCCCAGUCUGCAAGAACGAGCUGGUCGAUGCAUCAUCAACUAUCUGUGGCCACAUCUUCUGCCAGAAGUGCAUCGAGGCCUCCAUCCAGGCACAGAAGAAGUGUCCUACCUGCCGUAGGAAGCUGACCAUGAGAAGUUUCCACCGCAUUUACCUCCCAACAAUGGACUGA